AUGGUCGAUGCCACGGCAUCGUGGACGUGUCACUUGCGCCCUCAUCACUGCCAUGGCUGUGCGCAGUAUGCAAAGCACACUUCAUAUGCCAAGCCGCGCUACGGGCCAACGCUCAACGCCCAUACCGUGCCCACGGUCCACGCCAAUGCCUCACCGUGGGAGGCCGGGAGCUCGCUCUUCCGUGCGAGCUCGUUGAGCGAUUGGCUGCGCCCCGAGGCAGCAGCCUUUCCGGGCUUGCACCUGCCACGCCGGCCUUCUUGGCCCAACUAUCAAGUGGAGAUUGACCAAGUCCAGGGCGACUUCCGGGCAGAGGGGGACUUUGGGGCGCUGGAAACGACCGUUUCGAAGGUCGAGGGUGGCUCGGGCUGGGAUUUCGAGCUACUCGGAUUUGCAGGGGGGAGACAGGGUGGAUCACGGUGGCAUGGGGCAUGUGUGGGACCCUGUGGGUCCCAGAGAACUCGGUGGCUCAUUUUGGGGCGUGGCAAGGCUGACAAGGGUGAAGAUACACUGAUUUGUGAGGACCUCUUGUCCAUCAUAAAGGAUGAUAUUUGCCAAUUUGGCAGCACUGUGGCCUCCUUGUGCCCUUGGAGCAAGAGCUUUAUUGUGAAAUUGGAGCUCAUGGGAGAGGAUUCAUGCCCUCGCUGGCACAUGGAUAGCUACUGCGGAAGGGGGAUCGUGACUUAUAAUUUGGCCGGCACUGAAUAUGCGACGGAUGACAUUGUGGACUUUUGGGAAUUGGAGCAUUGCGGCAACAAUGACUGUAUCAUCAAGGACAAGUCCAAAAUUCGCCAGGUGAAUGUGGGUGACCUGCUUUUCAUGAAGGGAAAGAACUUCCCCGGAGGCAGAGGCUUAGUUCACAGAUCACCCGAUGUUCAAUAUCAGAAUGGCGCUGUGUUGAAUCGCUUGGUGUUGAAAGUGGACGUGCCAUGA